CCUCGAUCGCCUAUCGGAACGCACACGUUUCGUUCAGUAACCCGCGCAUCCGUGACAUAGAUAGUUGUGUUGCUAGAAGCGUGUCGUGACAACUCUGUGAAGUUUACAAGUGAUCGUAAAUAUUUAUCUCCAAAUGGUGGUUCUGGAAGACGGAGGAAUGAUGACUACUAAUCCUAAUCAAUAUCUCCAGCCUGAUUAUUUGGCACCUCUUCCAUCAUCUUUGGAUGCGAAGAAAAGCCCACUUGCGCUUUUAGCGCAAACCUGCAGCCAGAUUGGUGCGGAUACAACUCCGUCCAAACCCCUGCUGCCACCGAUUGACAAGAAGAAAGUGACAAGUGUUAAUAGUGAUGUUAUUAGUCGUUCAUCUCCGAAUAGCGCGAGUAAAUCGGACAAACCUCGUUCUACCCCGGACAAUAAACAUCUUGCGUUCAAACCAUACGAAACUAAUGUGGUUUCUAAAAAACCUGAGGAGACCCGCCCUUCCUCGAAGGCUAGUUCAGAUAGUUCCGAUGACAAGAAAUCAGGAAAAAGUACACCGGGGCGUAAAUCCACGCCACCGUCAGCUGAAAAUGGGAAAAAUAGUCCGUCGACUGAGGCAAAAUCUUCGCCGACGGGAUCAUCCGGAACAAGUCCGAUUAUCCGAUCGGGAUUAGAAGUUUUGGGUCACGGAAAAGAUCAUCUUGGUGCAUUUAAAAAUUUACCUGGCCUUCCUGGAUUUAAUCCAUUAACCGGUCUUUGCUGUCCUCCUGGUAUGGAACAACAUGGUAAUCCUGCAUUCAGACCUCCUUACGCCGGUGCUCCGUUCAGUGCUCAUCACGCAGCUAUGCUCGCUGCUGCCGCAGGGUUUCCAGGAUCAUCUCCAAAUCCCUAUCUCGGCUACGCCAGAGUUAAGACACCUGCUGGUGGUGAAACAUUAGUGCCUGUUUGCAAGGACCCCUACUGCACAGGAUGUCAAUUCUCAGUGAAUAACCACCACUUGCUAAUGAGCAACGGAUCGUGUCCCGCUGGUUGCACACAAUGUGAACAUCAAAAGUACAACUUAGCGAUGGCAAUGGCGCUUUCACAGCAAGGUGCCGCCGGCGGCGGUCUGCCGUACCCGCAAUUAAGUCGCCCCUACGUGUGCAAUUGGAUUGUUGGGGAGUCUUACUGUGGAAAAAGGUUUGGAAACUCCGAAGAGCUGUUGCAACAUUUAAGGAGUCAUACAACAGAUGGCACGACUCCUGCGUCCGUAUCUUCAACACAGCCGUCUUUGUUGAAUCCGCUGAAUCCUCUUUUCACCACAGCUGGAUUGAGAAGUGCUUAUCCGACGGCACCACUUAGCCCACUUUCGGCUAGCCGGUACCAUCCUUACUCAAAAGCUGCGUUACCGGCUGGUAUUGGAGCUUCGCCCUAUGGUGCCUUCAACCCCGCUCUAGGCCCUUUCUACUCACCCUACGCUAUGUAUGGUCAAAGGCUUGGGGCCGCUGCGGUGCACCAAUAAACUAAAUAGUGCAAAUCUGGAACACUUUUGGACUGAUUCAUAAUUUAAUGUCGUGUUGUCCAAUUUUCUUCUGUGAUAUUGAUAGACUCUAAAUCAAAUGCGGCUGCUUGCCCAUGACAAAUUUAGUGAUAGUGCAAUCUAAGUAUGAAUAAUUUAUGUAAGUGAACUUGCCUACGGAGUUGCUUCUACGCGAGUUAUGUCUGAGAUAUGUGAGGACUCUGUACAGCCA